AUGGGGCAGUUAUCACCAGCGUCAAUGCUUAACCCAAUCCUCCUGGGCCUAGGACUGAUAAUCCUCAUUGCAAACGCAUUCCCAGUCCCCGAUGGAAACUACCAACGCCUCUCCAAAAUCCCACCAUCCUCAUCUCAGACAUACUUCGGUGACAACACCAAUCAGAACAAGCCAUUUACACCCGGUCAUCGAGAUCCAUAUGAUCGCAAGGUUGAUCCUAUCCCCGAUAAGCUUGAGCCAUUGCCAUUCCGUAAUGGCAACGGAGCAACGGUCAUGGGUCCACGGAACAGGGAUCGUGAACGACAGAAUCCGGAUAUGGUGAGGCCGCCGAGCACCGAUCAUGGGAUAUUGAGUAAUAUGAGAUGGAGCUUUGCGGAUUCGCAUACUAGAAUCGAGGAAGGAGGAUGGACUCGCCAAACCACCAUCCGCGAACUACCAACCAGCAAGGAACUAGCCGGCGUCAACAUGCGCCUUGACGAAGGCGUAAUCCGAGAAUUGCACUGGCACAGCGAAGCUGAAUGGGCUUUUAUGCUGGCUGGCAAAGCUCGUGUAACUGGACUAGAUACCGACGGGGGCAGCUUUAUCGACGAUGUCGAAGCAGGCGAUUUGUGGUACUGGCCUGCUGGUCAUCCGCACUCGAUUCAGGGAUUGAGUCCGAAUGGAACUGAGUUUUUGCUGAUUUUUGAUGAUGGGAAUUUCUCGGAGGAGUCGACUUUUUUGGUUACUGAUUGGAUGGCACACACGCCAAAAUCAGUCCUGAGUGAAAACUUUGGUAUUCCGCCAAAAAUGUUCGACUCAAUACCCAAAUCCGAAAAAUACAUCUUCCAAGGUAGUAAACCGGGCUCCAUCUCGUCCGAGAAGCCAAGGGGAUUCAAGCAGUCCAAAAGGAAGUUCACGCACAAAAUGCUCGCUCAAGAACCCACCAUCAACUCGACGGGCGGCGAAGUCCGCAUCACGGACUCCAAAACCAACUUCCCAAUCUCAGACAGAGUGGCAGCCGCGCACCUCAAACUGCAACCAGGCGCGCUCCGUGAAAUGCAUUGGCAUCCCAACGCAGAUGAAUGGUCCUAUUUCAUCCGUGGACGUGCGCGAGUCACCGUCUUUGCGGCGGAAGGGAAUGCGCGUACCUUUGAUUACAUGGCCGGUGAUGUGGGCAUUGUGCCGAAAAACAUGGGCCAUUUUGUGGAAAAUCUAAGUGAUGACGAGCCGCUGGAGAUGUUGGAGAUCUUUAGGGCGGAUCAGUUUUUGGAUUUCUCGUUGUUUCAGUGGUUGGGCGAGACGCCGCAGAGGAUGGUGGUGGAGCAUGUGUUUAAGGACGAUGAGGAGGCUGCGAGGAAGUUUUUGGGGCAGAUUGAGGGGGCGGAGGAGGAUCCGAUUAGGAAGAAGUAUUUUGAGUAUUGA